UUAUAAGUCACGCCCCCCACGGCGCGCCAUCUGUAGAAGCCAUGCCGUCUGUUUUAGCAAAACAUUGACUACUUGAAUAAUUACUUUGACUACGCGAAUUACUACCAGAAUGGACGGAAUGCUGAACUCUGAAAAGUGGACUGAUGCGGAGGUGCAGGCGCUGCUGGCCAUGUACGCCAACGAGGAGGUGCAGAGGGACCUGGAAGGAUCCACAAGAAACAUUAAAAUCUUCGGGAAGAUCUCCAGUGAGCUAGCGCAAAUGGGAGUUUACCACACGGUCAAGCAGUGCAGAGAGAAGGUGAAGAAGCUGAAACAAGACUACAAGAAGAUAAAGGACCACAACAACCAGGGCGGUGCGAAUCGCAAAACGAGCAAGUGGUACGCCACACUGGACGGUAUUCUUGGCCACCGUCCAGCAUACUCUGGCAACGCCGCCAGGAAGGACUCUGCCACCGGGUUCUUGGAGACGAUCGUCGGCUCCGAGUACACUCCACCGUCGGAUGAGAGUCUUCAAGAAAUGUGGGCGCGCCACACCGUUCCGUGGACGGUCAACGAGGUGCAGACUUUCCUCGGCAUCAUGGGUGAAGAGGAAAUACAACAAGAGCUGGAUGGAUCAGCGAGGAAUAAAGCGGUUUUUCAGCUCGUUUCUCGUCGCAUGGCUGCCCACGGUUUUCAUCGCACGUCCGAGCAAUGCAGGAUAAAAAGUAAAAAGCUCCGGAGCGACUACAGGAGAAUCAGGGACCACAACAGUCAGGGUGGUGUAAAUAGGAAAAGCUGGAGAUGGUUCGACAUGAUGGACGCCAUCUACGGCCACAGGCAGGCGAGCAUUGGAAGAGAGGGGGACAUCGACUCGGCCACGGCUUUGCUGGAGUCCAUGGUGCAGGCGCACGAUUCCACCACUACGACUAACAUUCCUGUAAGCUACAACAUCACCAUCAUCCCCUGCCCUCCACCAGCCCAAACACCUUGCCCCACAGAGGACUCGCAAGACCCAGAUUCCUACUCCAUGCAAGUAGAAGAUGUUGGCAUCCCGUGUAACAGUACAACAGUGACUCUCUCUGCACUGGAAAUGUCCGACAAAGAUAAGGCCUUGCACUUCUGGUCAAGUGAUGAGGUCCAAGCACUGUUGACACUUUGGGGAAAUCCCGCUGUUCAAGAAGAGCUUCUCCUCAACGUGAGGAAUAAUAAAGUUUACACUUGCCUCAGUACUAAACUAGCGGCGCUUGGAUUCAAUAAGACACCACAGAAGUGCAGGGAGAAAAUCAAAAAACUGAAGCAGGAGUACAAGAGAAUCAAAAACAGUCAGCCCAACAGCAGCCGUAGAAGUGUAUGGUUUGCCAUCAUGGAUGACAUCCUCAGUUCCACGGCUGCAGCACCAAGAUGUUCAGAAACAACUGAGCCCUCGCUGCUCAGUCAGUCACAGUCUGCCCUGGAUGUAGAUACCGAUGAUGACACCCAGUGGUUGCCUGAUGAAGUCCAAGUUCUGAUGACCCUCUGGGCACAACCAAACAUCCAGAAACAGCUUCUCAACACAGCAACAGUCGAUCAGGUCUUUGUAUACCUCAGCAGCGAACUCACGUUUGUGGGGUUCAACAAGACCCCACAUCAGUGCCGUCUUAAAGUGAAUAACCUUAAGGAGGAGUACAGGAGAAUCAAGGAAUUGGAACCGUACAGGGACGUUCGAAACGACUGGUUUGUUAUUUUGGAUGGCGUCCUUGGCCCUGGUGGAGAGACUUCUACAGAGGUGGAUUCAUCUGCUCCGCUGACGCAACCUAAUUCACCAGAAGUCGAGCAUGUGAAUGAUAUGUCGCGGGCUGUUUGGACGUCAGAUGAAAUCAAAGUGCUGCUCACCCGAUGGGCAGAGGACAGCAUCCAGGAGCAGCUUAGAUCAACUCAGAGAAACGAGAGAGUGUUCGCUCAGCUGAGCUCCGAGCUCGCCACUCAGGGCUUUGAUAAAACCACCAGCCAAUGCAGGUCCAAAAUAAAAUUGCUGAAACGAAAGUACAGAAAGACUAAGGAACAGAAGGAAUCUAAAAGGACGAAAGGCAGAUGGUUUGCCAUCAUGGAUAAAAUCCUUGGUCGUUGUAAACCAGUGUCUGAGACUGAACAAGAAGCUGAAGUCAUGGAUUCAGCCCCUACAUUUCUACAGAUAUCACAGCAAGACCUUUCUGAAACAGUAGAAGACUUGGGUUGCCGCCUGUCCGUCUCCUCAUUGUGUCUCCUGGUUCCAACCCUGCGUCUGAUGUGUGCCUUUGCCUGGCGAGUGAUCCAGUGUUGUAAUGUCCUACAUUAUGGAAAGGUGGAGGAGCUGGUGAGGUUGGUGACGGAGCUGGCUCCAGAGUUGCUGACGCCCAGAGAGAGAGUGCAGCUCCUGCUCAGACUAAGGGCAAGGGUGGUGUUGGAUUUGUGUCGCAGUGAGAGCACAGCUAACCUCGUGUAUAUCCAGCCCCACCUGACGGUCAUUCAAAACCUAACAACGGGCUCCACUUGUGAUCAGGAGGAAUUGGAAAAUUCUAAGUCAAACUUUGUGGAAGUUGUUCAUACCCUGCUCGAGGACACGGAGAAGAGAAAUGUGUUUUUCAAGGAGGUCUUCCACAUCCACUAUGGCCAGCAGUAUGAGGCCACAUUGCACACAUUGGUAUGGAAAUUCAUCUCAAGACUGGAUAAUCUUUUGCCUGUACCAGAUAUCAAACAGACUGCUGAGUGGCUCGGCACGGCCCCCUCUGUCAUGGAAGAAUGUGGCCAGCUGGUUUUGGAACCAGAGCAGCUGAAGGCGCUACUGCACUUCCACCAGCAACAGUCAGGAAGCACAAACAAACGCUACUCUCAAACUCAGAAUAUGUUUUUGCCGAGGCUGUCUUUUCCUCACGAACCAAACUCGAGGCAACUCUCUUCAGAGCAACAGGCAUCGUCUACAGGCGACACAGAUGAUGGACCGUCUGAUUAUAGCGAGGAAAACCAAAGUGAUGAUGAACUGGCUCUGGAGGACCGUAGCAAAGGAGAUGAAGUCCUAGAGUUGACAGAAGAGUUGAAAGAAGAACAAAGCGAUGACCUAACCGCAGCAAACUGCUCAAAUUUAAACAAUCAUAUGCCUUUAGGACUGCACACCUGCUCUUUGUGUCCCUACUCUGACGGCCAAGUGUCAGGUCUUCUGCAGCACAUCAGAAAGGCCCAUCUGAGUCCGGAUCCCAGCCGACUGCAGUCCAAAGAACCUAGGACAGCCACUGUCCUUCAGAAAGUAGACCCUGAAACAUGCACUCCUGAGACGCUGCCCUUCCACUGCGACAAGUGUGAGAAGAAGUACUCCACGAGGGCGUCUCUGAAUGUGCACCGCCGGAUUCACACGGGCGAGACGCCAUAUUUGUGUUCGCACUGUGGCCGGGGCUUUAGAACUUCAAAUGGCCUCGAUUUUCACGUUCGCAUACACACGGGAGACCGGCGCUAUAAAUGUCCCAUUUGUGGGAAGACUUCGAUCCAGCACAUGAUGAGACACAUGCGGAUGCACAGAGGGGAAAAGAACUUCCUGUGUACAGAAUGUGGGAAAGCUUUUCUCUCCUCUGGGGAGUUAAAGCUCCACACGAGGUCUCACACGGGCGAGCGCCCGUACACAUGCAAAGACUGCGGGAGAGGUUUCACAGCAAAGUGCCUAUUGACGGUCCACAUGCGCCGUCAUACAGGAGAGAGUCCUUAUAGGUGUUCACUUUGUCCCAAAUCCUUUAAGACUUCGAGAAUGCGGAAAAGGCACAUGAUGAUCCACUCAAACAACAAGUCUUUCCAGUGUUUAAAGUGCGGUAAAAUCUUCAGGCAUGAAGACACUUUUAAAAUGCAUGUUCAGACACACGAUUGAAAGUAGUAGCUGGUGUUUUUAUACAACAAUUGUAAAAUAUUUGUAUGUCAUUCUGGUUUAAACAGUGCAACUUUCAGUAUGGCCAAGCAGUCUGAUUUUUUUUUUUUUUAUUAUUAUAGAUAUUUCCAUAUUAUCUGUAAGCCAGUACUGAUCCUGCUUGUAUAUCAGCAAGGCCCUAAUAAUCAAUUUAAAUUUACAUUUACUGCAUAAAAAUAUAGUACCUCCCUUAAUGCAUGAAGGACCAUUAUUUUCUGAAAACUAUACAAAGGCAUUCCAAAAACAUGGCACUUAGUGCACACUUAUUAUUAAGAGUUUGUGUGAGCCACAGAAGUUGUUGCUAUCCAGUUGCAUCAUGGGAAUUGUAGGAUCUAGUGUUUUGGUGGUUUCGCUAAACUCUGAACUAAAAAGUCAGGAUAUCCCACUGCACAGAUUUUGAAUAAUCUUUUUUUUUUUUGUAUGUUUAUUGUGAGUCCCCUUAAGUUAGAGUUAAUUAAAAUGCAUUGCUAAAUCACUGGAGUGCUCCUUUUUUAAAGGUUGCUGCUUGUUUGUCUCCCCAAAAUACACAAUGUCCUCCUGCCAUAUGUGCGACCAUCCUGUGUCUUGUCCCACGGCAGGGGCAGCGUGUCAGGAAGGCCUAUCAAGGGUUCUCCAACCAGAGCUCUUAGCAAUAAUGCCAACACAAAGCCAGAGCAGGCCACGUAGUGGUCCACCCACCGAGAUAAGUAGAAGGUGCCAGAACAGGUGAACAUACCAUGUUGUCACGGCCAGUCCUGCCCCUAUUAUUCCACACAGGAGGAUCGACACGCACACAAGCACACACGCAAGCAGCAAAUGCUCCCAUAAGGGCAAAGAUGCUGAAGGGCAGUUGGCAAGAUCACACCAGACAUUAAGCACAAAUAAUGCAGGGUGUAAUUCUACAGUAUAGUGGCCACAGAGAACACAGUUCUGUUUGUGUUAUUUUCACAUAAAUGCACAAUUCUAACAUUGUAGACUCAUGACAGCUACUCCUUUUGGCCUAGGUUUCUCCUACUCCUAGUACUACCUGGUUCUAGUAUGACAGAAAUGCUUAUUCCAAGAUGGCAAAGACAAUGACAAGAUAGUUAAAUCUAAGUACUGCCAGAUGGUGCUGCUGCCCCAGUGAUGAGUGACGGGCUCCAGCAUAGCAGGUGAUCUUAUUUAUCACAUAAAUUACAGUAUUUCCCCAACCACAAAAUGAUGUCAUUUACCCUUUUUGCAUAAACGUAUAUUGUUACCAUCAUACUCUCUGCACGGGAUUUACUCCUCACUGCCACUGACCCCGACCUCUUACAGUGUCACUUCACUCGCCUCUGGUUUGACCCCUCCCCACCCCCCGGAUCUUAUAGAGCCAGCCACACUGAUUCAGAAAGCCAGCCCACAGUGAGCUCACUGGGUAAGUCUGCUGCUGUUGACAUCCAUAUGACUACAUGGGAUUGUUGAGGGUGCUUAGUCAUUCAAGACAUUUGCUGUAAUGACUUGACCCUGUUUGAAAAGGAGCACAGCUGAAUGGAGCUCAAUGAAUAGAGGAACAUAUGGGCUAACGUAGUGCUGGAAAUAUGAGAAGCAUGAAUGACAUGGAAAACAAAUGACUGUUAGUGUAUGUUAUGUUGAGGUUCACAUGAAUAAAUACCUUAAAAUACAAAUGAA